AUGCCUGGAUACACCGACUCGAUAUGUGUCUUUUGCGGCUCCUCGCCUGGCGUCAAGCCCGAAUACAUGGCGGCCGCAGCUAGCGUCGGCCACGCCAUUGCCAGGCACAACUACCGUCUCGUCUAUGGAGGUGGUUCGCGCGGCUGCAUGAGCGGUGUCUCCCAAGCUGUCCUUGAAGUAGGCGGUCACGUCCUCGGCGUCAUCCCCCAAGUCAUGGCCGCCACCGUCCCUGCGGGUCAUCCUGGACAAAAUCUGGCGGCCCCCAAGGUCGUCUCCAAGGAAGGUGUCGGCCCUACCGUGCUCAAUCCCGACGCAGGCACAGGUCAUAUCGAAACCAUCGUCGUCCAGUCCAUGCACGAAAGGAAGCAGCGCAUGGCUGCCGAAAGCAACCUCGGCUUUAUUGGCCUUCCUGGUGGAUACGGCACUUUCGAAGAGGUCAUGGAGAUGGUCACUUGGACCCAGCUUGGUAUCCACCGAAAGCCCAUGGUUCUGCUCAACGUCAACGGCUUCUACACCCCCAUCAAGCAGCAAAUCGAGCUUGCUGUCGAGGACGGCUUCAUCGCCAAGGAUGGAAAGCAGCUCAUCAGCUUUGUCGAGUGCGACGCUUCCAACAUUGAUGCCUGCGGUGAUAAGGUGCUCGCGGAAGCAGUUCGCCUCUCCAACGAGCUUGCUUCAAAUGGCUGGGGCUACUGGGACUGGAACAAGCCUCAGGGACCCAUCAGUACCGCCAAAGGUGGCAUCAGCGACAACGCUGCUAACAAGUCUCUCGAACUCGCUGACGGCGAAACGCUCGCUGUACAAGUGUCCGACCUGACUUUCACCUUCAACCCGGACAUGCCACCUGCGCUCGAACACUGCAAUCUCAGCCUGAAGCGUGGCUCGCGCUGUCUUCUUAUCGGUGCCAACGGUGCUGGCAAGUCGACACUCUUACGUCUGCUCGCCGGCAAAAAGCUGUGCGACUCCAAGGUGCGCGUGUUUGGCAAGGAUGUCUUCCGCGAGUCUCCUUCCGGCGUUACGUAUCUCGGCACCGAGUGGGCCAUGAAUCCGGUUGUGCGCUCUGACAUUGUCGUCUCCGCUUUCCUCGAUUCAGUCGGCGGCUACCGUCACAAGGCGCGUCGCGAUCGUCUGCUCGACAUUCUUGAUGUCGAUCUCACGUGGCACAUGCACGCCAUCUCGGAUGGUGAACGACGACGUGUUCAGCUGUGCAUGGGUCUCAUGGAGCCCUGGGACCUGCUCCUGCUCGACGAAGUGACUGUGGAUCUGGAUGUCCAAGUUCGCGCGGAUCUGCUCGACUUUCUGCAGCAAGAGACCGAGGAGAGGCAUGCGACCAUCAUCUACGCCACUCACAUCUUUGACGGAUUGCAGAGCUUCCCCACUCAUCUGGCUCAUAUGCGGCUGGGAACGACUACGACCACUUUGCCGAUCGAUUGGCCUGCCACCAACGCGGCUGAUAUCGCGGCGCUGCCACCCACUGCGGCUGCUGACAAGACCAGAGACCUGUCGCCAUUGCUCAACGUCUCGCUCGCUUGGUUGAGAGAGGACAAGGUGGUGCGCGCCGAGCAAGAGGCUAAGCGCGGCAGAGUCAGAGGUGCCAACCGCCAAAACGAGACCACCGACUCGGAGAAAUUCUUCAGCAAGUAUGAUUACUCGCAGUCAGUCACACGCUAG